GAGAGCAUAAGGGAACUGGACCAGUGUCAGGCCAGUCGGGAACUACAGAUUGCAUCGCUUUUGGCGCUUAUAUUUGCCCACAGAAAAUGCCAAGUCAUAGAUAAGGAAACGGUGACUCAAUUGGAAAAUAAAUUAAGAGAAAACCGAAAGCAAGCAAAUGAAGCGGGAUUGUAUUUUGCUGGAUUAUUUUUACUGUUAUCGGGAAGACUGGAAAAAGCGAAGGAAUAUAUCGAUCGUAUGAUUAAAAUGUCUUCAAAUUACAAAGAGGGCUUAAUAUUGAAGGGAUGGUUAGAGGUAUUGUCGGGCAGUGAUGAAGACAUUACUUCCAUGAAUCACUCGGCUAUGAAUUAUUUUGACAUCUCAUCCAAAUCGUACAGAUUCAAUGAUCCGGAAGUGAUUAUAGGAAAAGCCAAAGUGUUGGAGAAGAACAGCUCGUUUAUAGCGGGUGUGGAGCAACUAAAUCAGGCCAUUGUCUUAUAUCCACGAUUCUUACCGGCGUUUAUCGAGAAAAUGAAACUUCAGGCGAGUCUUAAGGAUUGGGAACAAACGGAGGGCUCGAAACUGUUGAAUGAUUUACUGGAGGACUGUAGGGACACACCGGACGAGGGGAGGAUUAUGAUAGCAAACGCUCAGUUGGCAGAGGCCAGGGGUGACAUCGACACUGCAUUGAGUCUAUUGCGGGACAUAAAGCUAGAACACGGCGACCAUUUCGUGCGCUCCCGGGAACUCAUGGCUCUCAUGUAUCUCAAGCAUAGGAAAGACCGACGACUAUAUGCCGGCUGUUAUAGAGAGAUAUUGGAUAAAAAGCCGACGACUCAGUCAUUCCUAAUGCUAGGCGACGCUUAUAUGCAUAUUCUGGAGCCCGAGAGAGCCAUUGAAAUCUAUGAACAGGCGCUCAAAAAGAAUCCCAAGGACUGGAUUCUUACCAGAAAAGUGGGACAGGCCUUGAUUAAAACACAUUUCUAUGAAAAGGCUGUCACGUACUAUAAAGCGGCCAUUAAAACUAGUGGACAAAAUGCCUUCCGAUACGAUUUGGCGCACCUAUUGUGG